UUGCCAAACCCAAUUUAAAUAUGAAGGCCUUGUGAACCAUCCAAGUCACCACCCUGCUUUCUUCAUAAUCUCUUCAUAGUAAAGAUAGACAGAGGAAAAAGUAUAUCUCAUUGUAGACAUGAUUUGCGCGAAUAUCCCAUUAUCUUAUCUUCCUAAAAGUCCAAAAAUAUUCAAAUGCCCUUUGAUUUGCAGUGCAAUGACCGAGGAAACCAUUUUGACAAGAGAAGCAAAACCCAUCAUACAAAAGUUGCCCGAAAUUAGUGUAAGAUCAGUUCCUAGUACUCCUGGAAAAUUUGGAAAGUUUGGAGGAAAGUUUGUGCCAGAGACAUUGAUGACUUCUUUGAGCAAUCUUGAAGCUGAAUUCAACUUGGUUUUGAAGGACUCUGAGUUUCAGGAGGAGCUGGCAACGGCACUGAGAGACUACGUGGGAAGAGAGACGCCUCUAUAUUUUGCUGAGCGGCUGACGGAUCACUACAAGAAGAGCAAAAAUGGAGAAGGACCGGAGAUAUAUCUGAAGAGGGAAGAUAUUAACCAUACUGGCGCACAUAAAAUCAACAACGCCAUUGCGCAGGCCAUGAUCGCCAAACGUAUGGGCAGGAAAACCAUUUCGUGCGCCACGGGAGCUGGACAACACGGAGUUGCAACUGCAGCUGCUUGCGCAAAACUUGGUCUUGAAUGCAUCGUUUUUAUGGGCACUGCAGACAUGGAGAAACAAGCUUCUAGUGUCACCUUCAUGAAGCUGCUAGGUGCCCAGGUAGAUACAUGCAUGCAUCGCUUAUUUCUAAGUCAGAUUUAUGGAUUUAAUUACUUAUUCAAGUUAUGGUUGCAGGUUAAAGGUGUUGAAGGAAGCUUCAAGGACGCAAGUUCAGAGGCAAUUCGUGAAUGGGUAGGUAAUUUGGAAAGCGUGUAUUACUUGACAGGGACAGUGGUAGGAGCUCAUCCAUGUCCAAGUAUGGUGAGAGAAUUUCAGUCAGUGAUAGGGAAAGAAACCAGAAGACAAGCAAUGGAGAAAUGGGGAGGAAAGCCUGAUGUGCUUUUGGCUUGCAUCGGGAGCGGUUCAAAUGCACUUGGUCUCUUCCAUGACUUCAUUGGAGAUGAACAUGUGAGGCUCAUCGGAGUUGAAGCUGCUGGGUUUGGGUUGGACACCACCAAACACUCUGCAACUCUGGCAACCGGACACCUGGGUGUCUAUCAUGGUGCCAUGACUUUCUUAUUGCAGGAUGAAGAAGGUCAAAUCCUUCCACCUUAUUCCAUUGCUCUUGGGUUGGAAUAUCCUGGAGUUGGUCCUGAAAUAAGCUUUCUGAAAGAUUCGGGGCGUGCAGAGUUUUACAGUGUAACGGACCAAGAAGCUUUAAAUGCAUAUGUACGGGUGUGUAGAUUAGAAGGCAUAUUACCGUCACUGGAGGCCGCUCAUGCAUUAGCUUUUCUUGAGAAACUUUGCCCAACUUUACCCAACGGAACCAAGGUUGUGGUGAACUGUAGCGGGCGUGGGGACAAGGAUGCUGCACUUGUCCUUCAACAUAUAAAAGAUUCCAUUCACCAGUGAAAAACGUGAAUAUAUAUAUAUACACGCACACAUACCACGUGUGUAUAUAUAAUAUACGCGUACAUAAAAUCAAUUAUGAAUUUUCAAAAUAAAAAAUCACGUGUUGAAUUUAAAAAAUUUCAAAUCACUUAAUCAAACUAUAUAUAUAUAUUUUUUUCUUUUUCAUUUACAUACAAGACAACUAAAAUCUAAUUUAUAAACUAAGAUCAUAAUUGUAAUUUUCUUACGUAAUUGAUAGAUGAUAACUAAGU